UUAAGCGGGCCCAAAUGCUCAAGUGGUGGGGGUGCUAAUCGAUAACAUUGGCAAGGGCGGAAAAAAAAAGUCUGGGACGGCAUAGCGACAUUUACGCCGACUUGCGAUAUUCUGCGGCAGCACUCGUAGCCCUCAAGACAGCAACACCCCAGCACGUUUGCUCAAAAUGGCCAAGAAAAGAAAGGCCUCAAGUGGCCCUGCCCAGCCAAAGGGACCGCGCGAACAUGAUCCAAAAGAGGCCCGUCUCGGCCCUGUAACAACAUACCAGGAUGUAGCAGACGACCAAGAGAAGUACUGGAUGGAGCAGGACGCCAUCAUGUUCAACGAUGGCCCAAAGUCCAAGAAGCAACGCCGCGUUGAGGAGGACGAACAGUUCAUGGAAGACUCCGAAGAGGAGGUCCUGGCAUACGACCAGGACUCCGAUGAUGACGACGAAGACGACCAACUCGAACAACUUGCCCGGAACGCUAAGAAGUUCUCCAAGAAGGCCAAGACGGCGGACUCUGACGCUGAGGACGCUGGCGAGGAGGAGGAAGAAGAAGAAGACACCGGCUAUUGGGGCACCUCCAAGAAAGAAUAUUACGAUGCCGACCAAAUACAAACCGAGGCCGAUGCGCUCGAGGAGGAGCAAGAAGCCAGGCGUCUGCAGAAAAAGCGAUUGGCCAAAAUGACAGAUGAGGACUUCAUAUUCAACGAGGAUGAAUGGCUCGCCGAGCAACCCCAAGAUGAAGACGACAAGGAGGUCGUCACUGAGGUCUUGAAAGAUGUUGAAAUUCCCGAAGACAUGUCUCCCGAGGAAAGGCUCCGCAUCCUGCAGUCUAGGUACCCCGAGCUGGAAUAUCUCGCCGAGGAGCUGCUUGAACUGCAACCUCUACUCGUCACUCUACAGAAACAAGCCGACGGUCAAACAAGGCAGUCGGUAGCCACCGUCAAAUAUCGAGUUCUCGGUUGCUAUGUGGCUACCUUGGCCAUGUACUUUGCUACGCUGACAUCCCCCGUACGCGACUCGAAUGGAGCUGCCAAGGCACUCGAUCCUGCCGAACUACGAGAUCACGAGGUCAUGGGCACGCUAUUCGAAUGCAGGGAAGCGUGGCAGCGUGUCAAGGAUCUGAAGCUUCCCAACACUUCUGAUGCUAUUACAGCUAUUCCAUCCCUUACAGACGAAGAUGCGUUGUCUAUCCAAGACCUUGCAGAAACAAGCCUCAAGCCUUCAAAGCUGACAACUAAGACUAACAAGGAGAAGCGCAAGGCCAAGCAAACAGAACGUAAAGCUAAGGAGGUGGAAGAAUCACUGGCAGACCUGGAUGCCCUUGUCACCAAAUCCAAGAAGCCAAAGAAGUCCAAGGUCGAAGCUAUUGCUGAUGACAACUCAGACUUCGGCGAAGAAGAGACCAUGGAUUCGCGGGCUGCAGCGGAGAAGGAGAAGCGCAAGAAGAGUCUCCGAUUCUACACCUCCCAGAUCGUUCAAAAGUCGAACAAGCGAGCUGGUGCUGGUAGAGAUGCUGGUGGUGAUAUGGAUCUCCCUUACCGCGAGAGAUUCCGAGAUCGCCAAGCACGCCUCAAUGCCCAAGCUGAAAAGAGGGGCCUGCAGUCCCAUAAGGAUGGUGCGGAUCUAGGUGAUGACAGCGAUGCUGAAAACGCGGCUGCGAUGGCCCUCAGAAACAACGCUGACGAAGAUUACUAUGACCUGAUUGCACAAAAAUCCAGAGCUAAGAAAUCCGAUAAGGCUGCUAAAGUGGAGGCGUUGGCCGCAGCUUCCCUAGCAGACAGAGUGGUUCCCGUCGAAGAAAUCGGAGCAGAUGGCAAGAGGAAGAUUACAUAUGCUAUAGAGAAGAACAAAGGAUUGGCACCCAAGCGAAAGAAGGAGGUCAGGAAUCCUCGUCUGAAGAAGCGCCUCAAGUAUGAAGAAAAGACCAAGAAGCUCAAGAGUAUGAAGGCGACAUAUGGAGGAGGAGAAGGACGGGGAGGGUAUAAGGGUGAGCAGACAGGUAUCAAACCUGGCUUGAUCAAGUCUGUCAAGCUAUCCAAGUAGAUUGCUGUACAAUUAUACCCUGGAGUGAUUCUGUGAUCUUUCAGCGCUAUCAUUGCUCAAUGGUGUGAUCUGUUCAAAACCUCGAGAUUUGAAAUCGCUUUUACGAUGCCAUGGUUGUGGCGAUGAUCAGGGUGGUCACAUGACUGGCGCCAGUCCCUUCUACGGAGCUGGCACGAUUGGUUCUCAGGAAUUUUCCACCGCUAUGAUAUGACACGGAACAACCUCAUAAUUACCAGAUUUGGUACGUUAUUCAAGAAAAAGUCAUUUGUAUAACAUGGAAUAAGAUAGAUAAUCGCAGUGAAGACAGUGAAUGAAAUCAUGGGCGUAUGCGACUUUAUGGAAUUGUGUAAUGGCUCUGGGCGAUUAUGCGAUCGCCACCGGGC